UGCAUUAUAAAAGAUUUUAGAUAACCUAUUUUGUUAAUAUUUACUAUAUGUAGCUAAUUCGUACUAAUGAAAUAGACUUCACCCACACGUUCGCACGUUUGCUGGCGGACGCUGUUCUUUCACUCAACAACAACCAUACCACCAAGAUGGGUAAGCCUCGAGGACUCCGCACUGCUCGUAAGCAUGUAAACCACAGAAGAGACCAGAGGUGGCAUGACAAGGAUUAUAAAAAGGCUCAUUUGGGCACUCGCUGGAAGGCCAAUCCCUUUGGUGGUGCUUCACAUGCUAAGGGCAUAGUUCUGGAAAAGAUUGGCAUUGAAGCUAAACAGCCCAACUCUGCCAUUCGUAAGUGUGUAAGAGUUCAGCUCAUUAAAAAUGGCAAGAAGAUUUCUGCCUUCGUACCCCGGGAUGGUUGCUUAAAUUACAUUGAAGAGAAUGAUGAAGUGUUAGUGGCAGGAUUUGGUCGUAAGGGUCAUGCUGUGGGUGAUAUCCCAGGUAUUAGGUUCAAGGUUGUAAAGGUGGCUAAUGUUUCGCUGCUUGCACUGUACAAGGAGAAGAAGGAGAGGCCAAGAUCAUAAACUUUGCAGCCUUCUAAUAAAGAAUUAGUGAAAAAAAAAA